AUGCUAGGUAUGGAGAAAGAAGUAGUGCUUCACUAUUCUUGCAGGGUCCCAUUGACAAAAUUUCAAUCAAUCCGAGAUACUCUUCGUGAGGUUGGAAUUACACAGAAGGGUCUGUUGGAGAAAGCACAGCAAAGGAACUACAAAUACACAACACAGUACGGUGACCCUGAACCACUGUCAAACUAUCUUGAUGCACAGUACUAUGGAAGCAUAGAUAUUGGCACUCCAGGACAGCCAUUCAAAGUUGUGUUUGAUACCGGCUCCUCUAAUUUGUGGGUCCCUUCCAAGAAGUGUCCUUGGUCUGACAUUGCUUGUUUGUUGCACAACAAGUAUGACAGUACCAAGUCAUCCACAUACGAGAAAAACGGAACUGACUUUGAAAUCCGAUAUGGUAGUGGAAGCAUGAAGGGGUUCUUGAGCACAGAUAAUGUGGAGAUUGCUGGCUUGACUGUGAAACACCAAACAUUUGCCGAGGCAAUGAGUGAACCAGGGGUAGCAUUUGUUGCUGCCAGAUUUGAUGGAAUCCUCGGUAUGGGAUACGAUACAAUUUCAGUGGAUGGCGUGGUACCAGUAUUUUACAACAUGGUCCAAGAAAAACUUGUAGAGAAACCUGUUUUCUCCUUUUAUCUGAACAGGGACGCAUCUGGCUCCCCUGGAGGUGAACUGAUCUUUGGUGGCACUGAUCCCAAAUACUACACUGGUGACUUCACUUAUGUUCCUGUGUCUAAGAAGGGUUACUGGCAGUUUAAGAUGGAUGGCGUGGCGAUGAAUGGCACUACUAGCUUUUGUCAAGGCGGUUGCCAGGCCAUUGCUGACACUGGUACAUCACUCAUUGGUGGGCCUACAGCUGAAAUUAAGAAGUUGAAUGCCAUGAUUGGUGCAACUCCUCUUGUUGGUGGUGAGUACAUAAUUGACUGCAGCAAAAUUGACUCUCUCCCUGCAAUCGACUUUAUCCUUGCUGGAAAGAAGUUCACGCUGACUGGAAAGGACUAUGUUCUCAAGGUGACGGUGAUGGGACAGACUGAAUGCCUUAGCGGAUUUCUGGGUAUUGACAUUCCUGCUCCUGCUGGUCCGCUGUGGAUUCUGGGAGAUGUAUUCAUUGGCCCAUAUUACACUGUGUUCGACAUGGAAAACAAUCGUGUGGGUUUUGCCAAGACUGCUUAAGCCAUCAUAGAGGACCGUGUGGAGCAGGCUGUUACUAAAUUUUUAAGUGACAUGUGAAAGGACUACUGUAACUUGACAUUUUGAAACACUAAACUUGUUUAACUGUGGGGGACGGGGGGACAGGGGGUGUGUACUUCAUGUUUCCUGUAUCCAUUACUAUCUGUUGCUACCUCUUACUGAGUGGUGCUUACAUCUUUGGUACACUUUUUUUGCAAAAUAUUAUCAAGUGUUGAAACACUUUUCAGUCGCACUUGGUGAGACACAGUAGCCUCAUGGUUAGUGCUCUCACUUUCGGAUUGAGCAGUCCGAGUUCGAGCCCUGACCAGGGACAUUGUGUUGUGUUCUUGGGCAAGACACUUAACUCUCACAUAGCCUCUCUCCACCGGAUAGCAGUGAAUUUAAGGCUGGGAGGUAACCCUGCGAUGGACUAGCAUCCCAUCCAGGGGAGAAUAGAUAUACUCCUAGUUGCUUCAUGCUACGGAAACCAGAGAUAGGCACCAACCUGAUUGGCUACUUGCCCCUUAUGCGGAUUUAAGCUACUUAGCAAAUUCUCCUCUCACUUCAGGACUGCUGAUUCCCCCCCUCCCUUAACCCCCAAGGUACUGUCCCCCUGUCCCACCCUACUGAAACUAAACUAAAUUCUUGCAGGAAAAUUGGCAAAUUUCAAAGUCAUUUGUGGCCAUGUAGUCAGGACUUUUGUUUGUUUUUUGUUUAUUAACUUAAAAUAAAAAAAAGAGGAUCAUGUAGAGCCAUGUAUAACUGCGUUAUUUGCCUUUCAAGCUGGGACUGAUGUUUUGAAACCAAGAAAAAGUAUACCCAACUUUUCUGAGUAGAAGUAGUGUAUGAGAAGUUUGAAAAUAUUCAGAACAAUGUCUAGAAUAGAUAGGGGCAUGAUUUUUAACAGCAAUGUUGCACUAGAGGCAUUAGAUAAGUUGCUUUUAUUGCUUUUAUUUCAUUUGGUAUUGUUUCAUAAUUAAAUGAUUUACACUUGAUGUGA